AUGCCGCCCUUUAACCCUCCUCAGCCUGGUCCAAAUGAGCCCUAUGUGGUCAAAGGCAUCGAGGUCAAGCCUGGACAGAAACCCAGGAUCCGCAAAGAACUGCGCGAGUUCAAGAAGAAUGAGGACGCGUGGAACCUCUACCUGCUUGGUCUCUGGCAGUUCGAGCUGGUUCCCCAGGACAGGCUGCUGUCGUACUUCCAAAUCGCGGGUAUUCAUGGUCUGCCAUACAAGGGAUGGCCUGAAAAUGAUCCUGAGCUCCGCAAACUAGAGAGAGAAAGGGAUGAUGAUGACCCGUUCAAGGGGUUCUGCACCCAUUCUUCUAUUCUGUUCCUUACCUGGCAUCGACCCUACCUAGCCCUCUUUGAGUCUGUCCUCCGGGAUGCCAUGAUGCAUGUGGCGAAGCAGUUCACCCCGGAAGAAGGCCGGGAGAAGUACGUGGCUGUCGCUGAGGAGUUUCGGAUGCCAUUCUGGGACUGGGCCCGUCCAGACCUCCCAGUGUUUCCCACCGAGGCUUCCAACUCCAAGGUCGUUCCGGUCAAGAUGCCAGAUAGCCUGAGAAAGGAGUACAACUUCCCGGCGGGCAAACUCGUCGAAAUUCCCAACCCCUUGUAUUCAUACAAGUUUCAGCCAGGCACCCAGGAGAACAUCAAGGUCGACAGGCUGUCAACAACUACUCGCUAUCAUCAAAACGGCAGGUCCGAGGAGGAAGAGACAGCGCAGAGCAAGCGAGAUCUCCUCAUCGAGUCCAUCACACCAUACACCAAGGGUGUCGUCGACGGCUUGAGAAUGGAGGUCAACCUUCGUGAGCGAGUGGUCCCCCCUGAGAUUAGGCAGCCGGGCAAGGGACAAGACGAGACCGUGAGGAAGGGCCGCGGCUUCGGAAGUUUCGAAGAUGUCCACAACACCGUCCACGUUCUCAGCGGCGGUACUGGAGGCAGACUUGGCCAUAUGAGAAGAACCUCUUACUCAGCUUUUGACCCCAUCUUCUGGCUCCAUCACACGAACAUCGACCGCCUUCUCGCUAUCUGGCAAGGCCUUCGUGAGAAUCCUGACAAGGAAGACGCCUGGGUCACAAACCAGAUAGCAGGGGAUGCAAACUGGGCCGUACCAACGGGGGGCAAAGAGGGAAACCAAACACCACUCUUGCCAUUCUACAGGACGGCAGACAAGACCGUCCCUGGCCCAGACAAGUUCUGGAAGUCCAGCCAGGUCCGAGAUACGGCAGCGUUUGGCUAUGCAUACCCAGAAACCCAGAACUGGGAGUUUGCAGACCCUGCCCUCUACCGCGCGAACAUCAAGGACAAGCUUCGUUCCCUCUAUCCAUCCGGGUCACUGGCAAACAUGGUGGUGGCCAGGAGAGUAGGAAAUGAGAAGCCAGAUGUUACACUCAGGGAGCGCGCCACGAGGCUCAAGCAGGUCCAAAAAGUGGACGCGCCCAAUACCGCAUUGACCGCACUGUCUCUCGCUCAUGCAGCGAAGCCCGCCGUUGCCCAAGAGUUGCAGUCUGUUCUUACGGACCUAGAAGUUCCCAAGGUCACCAUCCCCAAAGAACGCUCGGUCGUCGACCUUGUCAAGGGCCAAACCUACCUGGAGUGGCUCGUCAACAUCAAAGCGGUCAAGCAUGCCCUCGGGGGUCAGUACGGGGUCCACAUCUUCCUUGGCGAUGUGCCGGAGGAGGAGCUGACUACCCUCUACGUCGUGUCACCGUAUCAUGUCGGAACCUUCUCUCCCUUUGGCCAGGACGAAGAGACCUCGUGUGGCAAGUGCAAGAAGGACCAGGCCGCCGGUCUUGAGAUCAGCGGUCAAAUCCCCCUCACAAUUGCUCUAGCUGAGCGCUACUUUGCGGGCCAGCUGCCCAGUCUCGAAGAAGAGGACGUCAAGGCGUAUCUCAUAAAGAACCUCCACUGGGAGGUCGUGGACCAAAACGGUGAGAGACUCAAGCGUCGCCGAGAUGACCUCGCGGGCCUGCUUGUCGGUGUUGUCAGCAAUGAAGUCACGCUUCCCGACACUGAGGAUGGGUUCCCCAGGUACUCCGAAUACGUCAAGGUAUAUCCAGAGAUCACCACCAACAGGGAAGGAAAUGGCCGUGGAGAAGGAACAGGAGUCACAGAGGGGCAGGAGAAAUCCUGUUGUUAG